UUCACCUGAAAGACCAUCUUCAAUAAUCAAUCGAUUUGUCUGCAUGACACUUUCAAAUGUUCUAAUUCCCAUUACCUACUAACUUUUGAACAAUACUUCACUAUUUCGCUACAAACGUUGGCGGAAUUUAGCUAUUUUCUAAACUCUGAUCCAUCGUGGCUGAUGACGUCAACUUCCACGUCGACAAUGACAAUGACGUCACGUCCAACUUCUCUCUCGGAUUCGGGUAUCCGCUUGUCUCCAGAUACUGAUAAUUCAGCUGAAACUCUCACUUCUUUGGCUUCUCCUCUGAAUGAUGGAGAUGACAGUGCUCGAUCCAAAAGUCGAAUGGAGAAGUAUUUUGCGGAAAAACCAGACAAAAAUAUUUUCAUGAAGCUAAUCCAUCCCAGCUACCAUGAGCGAAAUCUACAAUUCAAGAAGAUUUUUGUAGAUAAAGGUCUCAUCGAGGAGAAUGAUCAGUUUUUAGCAUCAUAUUCCUGUGCUUAUCAACGAGAGAUUCUUGCUCAAGGUCGAAUGUUCAUUUCACAAUUUAAUGUCUGUUUCUAUGCAAAUAUAAUUGGAUGGGAAACAACUCUAGUCAUCCCAAUGAAAGAAAUCAGCUUAGUCAAGAAAAUGAAAGCCGCUUUCAUUUUUCCCAAUUCGAUUCAGAUUGAACGAGACACUAAGGAAAAAUACUUUUUUGCUUCAUUCAUUAAUCGGGACAAAUCAUAUCAAGUUCUGACAACAGCCCAUCAAAAGGUAGCUGGAGAAGAUGAAAAAGCAAUGACAAGAGAAGAAGUUUGGGAUAUGGUGUACAAUAGUGAAGAUAAGAACUCACAAAACCAAACGCCACCCGACGGAAGUACACCGGCAUCUACAAAAAAUACAUCUACAGAAAACAUGACAAACCUCAGCUCCCGAUCCUUCAACAGUUCCAUUUCUCCACGCACCGAAGCUUCUACUUUGAAAAAUAACAACGACAAAGACAACACGUCCCAAAGUUCCACGUCAUCCGACUUCCAUGAUGAAGAUUCAGCUACUCAUUUCUCUGAACAGUUUGAGCAAGAAGAUGAAAUAAUUGAAGAAGUUCCAUGUCCUUGUUCUGAACAUUUUGGACGUCUUAUUAUGGAUAAGGAAUUCAAAGUUUCUGUUGAGAAGUUCUAUGAAUUGUUAUUCACGGAUAAUGAGUUCCUAACUAUGUUGAAUCAAAAAACAAAGACUGCUGAGUAUGUAGCUGCAACAUGGGUUCGUGAUCAUCAAGGAGACAACACGCGUACUUGCACAUAUACAGUAUCCCUAGCUCAUGCAAUGGCUCCAAAAGCAAUUAUUGUGAAUGAGAAACAAAUUCUAACACAUUAUCCAAAUCCAAAACAAGGAAUAAUGAUGCAAAAAGAGACACAGAACUCUGGAGUACCAUAUUCUGAUAAUUUCACUGUCAAUUGUCGAUACUGCAUAUCAAGAACUGGUCCAACAUCGUGUAGAAUAAAGGUACACGGAGGUGUUAUGUACAAGAAGAGUACAUGGGCAGUGGUGAAGACAUUCAUUGAGAAAGGGACUCAUCAGGGUCUUGAUGAACAUUAUCAAUUGUUGAGUAAGCUUGUUGAUGAGUAUGCAGCCAAUCAUCCAGACGAGGAUCUCAGAGCCCCAAUGUCGAUUACAUUCCCAAAUGGAAGAGAUGUCAUAAAAUCAUGCGAAUCAGAGUCCACACCCAAUGAGGUCCGCCACCGUCGUUCACAGAAGUCUCCAGAACGUCUUCUGGCUGGUGGCGAAAUCGCGAAAAUUGUCGAUGAUUCGCAGUUUCUCCCUGAAUCACAAAUCAUUCAACCUAUUGCAACUACCAAUAAACUGACUGCAGUUGAUUACAAACCGUUCUUGAUUGCUAUCAUUGCUCUUCUGACGUUAUUCUUCAUUGCAAACAUCUGGAUUCUGCAUGGAUUUCACAGAGAAUCUUUGCCUGUUUCAAGAAAUGACCAGGAUCUUGCUGAGAUGUUGUCGACAUUAAUGGAUCAAGUGAAACAGCUCAAAGAAAAAGUGGAUCAAAUUAAAAAAUCUGAAUAGACGUUCAAGUUCAGCUGCCAAUUGUUUUGUAAAUAAGAAACUCCCGUGUAUCAUUCUCAAGCAUUCCAUGUCUUCCAUGUGGCCCGUUUUUCACUUCACCGAUCCGUAAAGCUUUAAAUUUAAAUUAUGGCUACAACUUUUCCGGUUUCCUCUUUUCCCUUUUGUUAAUUCAAUGUAUUUAGUUACAGUUUCCCUUUUAUGUGAUCAAGAUUGAUUGAAGAAAAUGAAAUAAAAUAAUGCAAGUGUGAUCAAAAUCAUAAUACAAAUUUAGAAUUGAUUUGCUAGUGAUUUCUCCUCCGUUUUCUCAUGUACUUUUUCCGUGAAAAUAAAUGAUUUGAAAUUU